UAUGCGGCUGCCGGGGCUGCUGUGGUAGCGGCGCGGGGCGCUCGCCCGCCCCUUCUCCGGGCCACUCUCAGGUUCCGGCGCGCGGGGACAUGUCGGUGGUGACUGGCGGCGGUGAGGCGGCCGGCGGCGCCGGCGGCGGCGGUGCGCGCGUCUUCUUCCAGAGUCCCCGCGGUGGCACCGGCGGCAGCCCAGGAUCCAGCAGCAGCUCCGGCUCCUCAAGGGAGGAUUCGGCGCCGGUGACUACAGUGACCACCGCCGGGCAAGUGCAACAGCAGCAGCGACGCCACCAGCAGGGAAAAGUGACAGUGAAAUACGACCGUAAGGAGCUUCGUAAGCGGUUGGUGCUGGAAGAAUGGAUCGUGGAGCAGCUGGGUCAGCUGUACGGCUGCGAGGAAGAAGAAAUGCCAGACGUCGAAAUUGACAUUGAUGAUCUUCUUGAUGCUGACAGCGAGGAGGAAAGAGCUUCGAAAUUACAGGAAUUCAUCAGAGAGCUGCUCUCCCGGAUAAGAGGCAUGAGGAAGCUGAGCCCUCCGCAGAAGAAGAGCAUAUGAUUUUGCAACAGGGUAGAAUUCUCUCGGAGAUGAAGAAAGCGACCUGGGAUUUGGACCCCACAGAUACUUUUCUUAAAAAAAAAAAAAAAAAUAACCAUAGUUGUCUUUUACAACAACAUUUUUUGGUGUGUAUGUGUGUGUGUUGGGGGGGGUGUUAGACAUUUAUUCAAAAGUGUUCCUUCUUUUGUUGUUUUUAAAGGGUUUUCAUUACUGUAAUAUUUUAAUGGCAAAGCUACUACAACUUGAACUGUAGCCCAACCAAGGACUAUCAAAACAGGCACAUCCACGAGGAUGGACAAGCCAGGCGUGUUUUCUGUCAGGACUCAGCCGUAAUUUAGGAUCUCACAAUACAGGGGAGAUGGUUUUCUUACGGUCAGUUUGGUAAGACAUUUUAAGUUGUACAUUUGACUUCGACGUCAAAGCUAUCUCAUGCUUGUAUAUAUCUACAAACACUAAGUUAAAACUAGAGAUGUGAGCUUUGUAUCAGGUCCAUGGAAUAAGCCUGGGCUUUCCUAUUAGAUGUGGUCACAACACAUGUGCUUUCGAAAGGUCUCCAGACAUUCUUCAGACAGAUGUCAUCCACCUUCAGCAUCCACUUUCUGCGACAAAGUGAAAGAAUUUGGUGUGUUCGUUAUUACAGUGAACCAUACUACACAUGUGUUGAGUUGGUCAGGGGCUUAAUUCAUAAAUUUUAUUGUUUCAUUGGUUGAGAUGCUUCGCCAGGUCAUGUACUUAUUGCCUCGUUGUGGUUUUUUUUUAAGUUUUUAUGACCUCUUAAUUUUGAAAACCAGCCUGAUUGAUAAAGAAAUGCCUACACGUCCUGAACAGAGUUUUGCAAUCGAGAAAGGAAGCCCCAGGUAGCCACAUGUUCUCUGCUUUCAGUGCAAUGCCCUGUAUGAGCUCUGUCCAUGAAAGCAGGUCAAAAGGAAACCAGCGGGUUGAACUUCCUUCUUAGAAGCAGAUUCUGGCCUCUUCUGUGCCACUACCAUCAGCCCAGAAGUGUAAACUGAGUGUUGAGAAAUGUAGAGAUGGGAAGACUCCUCAAGAUCUGUGUUGGCUUAGAAGUCUGGUUUCCUCUCUGGUUUCUCUCAGUGGUUCAUGGUCCCGAUCGUGACCUUGAUUUCCAUGUUAGGAGCUAGGUCUGAUGACCUACCCUAACCCCACAGCUACAUACCAGCUCUUUGAGUAGAAUUAAAAUUCAUAUGGGAUGUAGGCAGGGUAAAAACUGAGUAAAAGCCCUUCCUCCCUUCCUUCCUCCCUUCCUUCCUUCCUUCCUUCCUUCCUUCCUUCCUUCCUUCCUUCCUUCCAGGAAGCCCCUGCUGCCUCCCCUGGAAACCCUGCCUGCUGUGAGAAGUCUCCAGGUGGCCCUGUCUGAAAAACAGGGACCAGGCAAUUUAUAUCAAGGGUGCUUUGAACAUAUUUUAUUUUUUAAAAGAACUAUGUUUGUGAAUUUUCCGUAUACUGGCAAGCUUUUGAAAAUGUAUUUAAUUUUGUAAUGUUUACCAAUGAUUUAUUUACAAGCUAUUUACUCAAAUAAA